GUUCUUCCAUCUUGAACCAUGUCUAUUUUCCGAAUUGCUGCUAGAUCCUCAAUCAUUCCGCGGGUUGCCUUGAAUGCCUCUUACAGGACAAGACAACAAAUACUUCUGCGUUCUUACUCUGCUGCGGCGGGCCUCUCCAAGUCGGAUAUCGAGUUGCGUGUGUUGGAUGUACUGAAGGGUUUUGAGAAAGUGGAUCCAUCUAAACUUACGUCAACCGCCUCUUUCGAAAAAGACCUCGGGUUAGACAGUUUGGAUGCUGUUGAGGUGGUCAUGGCAGUAGAAGAGGAGUUUGCGAUUGAAAUACCGGAUGCAGAAGCAGACGAAAUUCAAACAGUGCAACAAGCUAUCGACUACGUUGCCAAAACUCCCGAAGGUCCUCUGUAUGAUCCGGUCACUGCUACAUUACAUUUUGUCGACAUAAUUGAAAGAAAGGUUCAUCACUUCAAUACCGUCGAUUUCACUCUUACUACGGACCUAUACAACGUACCUAUAACGAGCAUUGUACUGCGCCGGGAUGCUCCAGGAUUGGCCGCUACCACGGCUCGAGGUUUUGCUUUACUCGAUCCAGAUGGUUCUGUCGAGUAUCUGGCCCAACCGUUACCUGAAGAACAUGUCCCCUUCACUCGUUUCAACGACGGUACCUGUGAUGUUAGAGGCCGAUACAUUGCUGGAACUGUAUAUUCUCCGGAACACGGAAUCCCUGGUAAAUUGUACAUGUAUGACCCCGAUAAUCAAAUUUGUACAACUGUUGACGAAGGUCCCUUUACGGACUCCAAUGGAUUGGGGUUUAGCCCCGAUGAGAAAAUCCUUUAUUUCACAGAUUCUUUCAGAAACAUCAUAUUCAUGUACGACUACGAUGUCCAACACGGAAAAUUGAGCAACAGGCGUAACUUUAUUGAAGCCAAGGAACUAGGUUAUAGCGGAUUUUGUGACGGCAUGUGUGUCGACGCAGACGGCGGUGUCUGGAGCGCUAGGUGGGGAGAUUCCCGGGUCUGCCGAUUCACAAGUUCUGGCGCCGUGGACCUGGAAAUCGUUUUUCCAAGGGUGCUAAAAGUGACCUCGUGUUGCUUUGGUGGACCUGGGAAUGACCAACUUUAUGUUACCUCUGCGCAUUGUGGAGCCAAUAAUGUUGAGGAAAACGGUCUGCAAUCUACCUAUCCCGACUCUGGACACCUUUUCGUUGUGAAUCUUGCCGGUAAGUAUAGAGGACGUUCCCGACAUUCGUUCGCCGGCUAGAAACUCGACAAUCGGUCUCCCUGAAGGCGUUUUUGGCGGAAUCUGUGUCUCGCAGUUGGUUCACAGAGGAUAUUUGUCAUUCCAUAGAAAUAACGUCUUCUAUCAGUAGUUUGCUCCAUUCCCUUUUUAUUCUUCCUAUGAACCCGUUCUUGAUCUAGUAUAUAUGCUAUGCUGACCAGAGGAACUCUGGCGCAUUAAUCAACCCGAGAGUCAACCGCGGGGGUACUAAAUAGGGGCUACGCUCAGCUCCGGGUAUACUACUAUUAGUA